GUUUCCUUGUUAGGUCGCUUUGCGAAAAGUAAAGUUUUAAUGAAUAAUAAUCAUAUUGUAUCAUCUUGCCGUAUUUGUAACGGCUUGCCGACAGUUUCCUUGUUUACUGUCAGUGACCUAGAUGGAAAAAGUCUGUCUGAGCUGAUGUCAGAUUUUGCUAAUAUCCCACCGAUCGAAGAAAAUGACGGUAAACCACAACACAUUUGUAAUGAAUGUUCGGAAAAGCUCAAGUCCGGUGUUUCGUUUCGAGCGCAAAUUCAAGAGGCAGAAAAAAUUCUACAGUCACUUGUUGAAAGUCUUUUCGAAGAACCCGUUUCAAACGUUAUUAAGCAUGAAAUGGUUGACAGUGAGGACGAUACCUUCGAAUACGAAUAUUUAGAAGAGGAUACUGCAACAGAUUCAAAUAAAAUUGAUGACGACGAAUGUAAAAAUGCACAAGUUUUAACCGCCGAGCAAUACAAAAGCUCAUCAAGGCUUGAAGAGCAUAAUUCAGGCGAGCGAGGAUUGGAAAUGGAACUGGAAGAGUAUUCACUGGAACAAAUAGAGGAUCGACAUUUUCAGAUACCUCCAGAGAACAGAAUCGCUCAAAGGCUGAAGUUUGAUGAUUUUGAAUAUUUCGAAAUCGAUGGAGAUAGAUGUUGCGGUUGUAGUUUUAUUGCUUCAAAUAGAGAUGAGUUAAUGAAACAUUCGAAAGAUACCCAUGCACAUAACUACUAUCCAGACAAUAGUUAUACCUGCCCAAUGUGCUAUCAGAAGUACAAAACACAAGAUAGAUUAUCCAAACAUAUAGAGUACUAUUCAUACAGUGACAUCUUCCUUUGUACUGUUUGUGAUGAACCGUUUGUCCAGAAGAGUCAUCUAGAGAAACAUCAAGAAAAUUCUCUUGAACAUCGAUUGAAAUUGGAGAGUUCAAUGAAAACGAAAACAACAAUGGUAAAUGAAGGAAAAUAUCAUCAGAAUAAUACAAUUAUUAGUCGCGCAUCUCGUAAAAAAAUACGAGGAACUGCGAAAUCAGAAUUGAAAUACUUUUGCUGCUUUGUAAGAUGUUGGGAGCGUUUCACGAACGAAGACAAAUUGAUGGAUCAUGUACAUCAAGUUCACGGUGGUAAACGACGGGAAAACGAGCUAUCCCACUUACAAGAUGUUGCCCAAGGAAUAAAACACAUAUGUCCGAUUUGUCAAAGAGCCUUUGAAAAUAAUGCCAAACUUUUGCAUCAUCAGUACUAUAAGCAAAAUCGGGAGGAGCACGCUUGCCAGGAAUGUGGCCAACACUUUCAUAAGCUACAUGCACUGCGUGAUCACGAGUUAAGUGAGCACAGUCAGCACCCACCGGAGCAUGUGUGUGAUGUUUGUGGAAAGGCUUUCCGUAAGCCAUCGGUUUUAAAACAUCACCGUAAAAUUCAUGUUCCGUUCGAAAACGUCCCUUGUACGGAGCCCGGGUGUGGCUUGAGUUUUCGUGAUGAAUCGUUGAUGAAGCGCCACUGCCGUAACGUCCACGGAGAUGCUUUCCCCUGGGAGUGUCAGUACUGUCCGAAAAAAUUACGUACCAAAGAAGCAAUGGACAUUCAUGUGCGGGUCCACACGGGCGAAAAGCCUUUCGCUUGUCGGGAAGGCUGCGAACGGAGGUUCGCCCAUGGAACGGAUCGGGCUAGACAUGAACGAUCCAAACACACUGGAGAAAAACCGCACAAGUGUGACCAGUGUACGGCAGCGUAUGUCCGUCGGCGCGAAUUGGUGAUCCACCGGAAAAAAAUCCACAACUGCGACGCCGACUGAGGUAAGCUUUCUUUGUUAACGUUAUAAUAGAGACAAACAUCUAGCAAUA